AUGAGGAGAAAAAAGGGUUUGGGAGGUGGUUUUCGGGUGGUGGUGGUGGUGGUGGUGGUUAUUUUCCUUAACAUAUUAUUGAGGGCAGGGGCGGAGGUGACGGAGCGGCUGGAGGACAAAGAAGCAGCGGCAGCGGCAGCGGUGAAAGUGAAGGUGGGUGUGGUUUUGGAUUUGAAUGUUAUUGUUGGGAAAAUUAGUUUGAGUUGCAUUUCAAUGGCUCUUGCUGAUUUCUAUGCUCCUCGGAGUUAUUAUAAGACCAGAAUCAUCCUUAAUCCCAUUGAUUCCAAUGGCUCUGUUAUUCGUGCAGCUGCUGCAGCUUUGGAUUUGAUAAAGAAAGUGGAAGUGCAAGCGAUCAUAGGGCCAACAAGUUCAAUGCAAGCCAGCUUCAUGAUCGACAUUGGAGACAAAGCAGAAGUUCCCAUCAUCUCAUUUUCAGCCACACGACCUUCCCUCACUUCUCACCGCAGUUCUUUCUUCUUCCGAGCCGCUCAAAACGAUUCGUCUCAAGUCAAAGCCAUUGGAGCCAUCAUCAAGACCUUCAAAUGGCGACAAGUCGUCCCCAUCUAUAGCAACAAUGAGUUCGGCGACGGUAUCAUCCCUGACCUAAUCAACGCUCUACAAGAAGUAGACACCGACGUGCCAUACCAAAGCAAAAUUUCCCCCACUGCAACAGAUGAGCAAAUCGGCCACGAACUUUACAAGUUAAUGACAAUGCAAACGAGAGUAUUCGUAGUACACAUGCUAGCUCGUCAUGCUUCUCGACUUUUCGCAAAAGCAAAAGAGAUUGGAAUGAUGAAAGAAGGGUACGUUUGGAUAAUCACAGAUGCUAUAGGAAAUACAUUGGAUUUAAUAGAGCCUUCAGUAUUGGAGUCCAUGCAAGGAGUUUUAGGAAUAAGAACUCACGUCCCCAAAACCAAAAGGCUUGAGGGUUUUAAACUUGAAUGGCGUAAGAGAUUUCGAAGAUAUUAUCCAACAAUAGAAGAUAUUCCUGAUUUGAACGUGUUUGGGUUAUGGGCUUACGAUGCAGCUUGGGCAUUAGCCAAAGCAGUGGAGAAGGCUGGAGCACAUAACCUUAAAUACAAACCAGCCACAAACAUUUCAGCCAUGGAAAUGAACUCAUCAAACUAUUUAUACAGUCUAGGAGUGAAUGAAAAUGGUGUAAAAUUGAGAGAUGCAUUAUCAAAGGUGAGUUUCAAAGGGUUAGCUGGUAUGUUCAAUUUGAUAGAUGGGGAAUUGGAAUCAUCUGUUUUUGAGAUAGUGAAUUUGGUGGAUAAUGGAAGAAGAAAUGUUGGGUUUUGGUCAGCAGAAAGUGGGUUAAGAAGGAAAUUAAAAGAUCAUCAACAGGGUUCAAGAUCAAGAUCAUCAACAAGUGGAUUAAGGACCAUAAUUUGGCCAGGAGAAGCAGAUUUUACUCCAAAAGGAUGGGAAGUUCCAACGAAUAGAAAAAAAUUGAGAGUUGGAGUUCCAAUAAAGAGUGGAUUUCUUGAGUUCGUGAAAGUGGGGUUUGAUCCUAAAACAAAUGAAACGAAAGUGAGUGGUUAUUGUGUAGAUGUGUUUAAGGCUGUGGUUGAAGCUUUGCAUUAUGAUGUUGCUUACGAAUUUAUUCCAAUUAGCAUUGAAAAUUCAGAUAUAGGAGCCAGCUAUAAUGACUUGGCUUAUCGACUCUUCCUUGGGGAGUUUGAUGCUGUGGUAGCGGACUUAACGAUCCGUGCAAAUAGGUCGUUAUACAUAGACUACACAUUACCAUUUACAGAAUCUGGUGUGUCAAUGGUUGUGCCAAUGAAGAGCACGAAGAAUAAAAAUGCAUGGGAGUUCAUAAGACCUCUAACAGGUCAAAUGUGGGCUCUAACUGGUGGGUUCUUCCUUGUCAUCGCACUUGUUGUUUGGAUUCUUGAACAUCGAAUCAAUGAAGAGUUUUAUGAAGGAAGUGCUUUGGAUCAGAUCUGUACUAGUCUUUGGUACUCUUUCUCCACCAUGGUUUUUGCCCAUAGAGAUGUUACAUUUAACAACUGGACAAGAGUUGUGGUGAUAAUAUGGCUGUUUGUAGUUCUAGUUAUUACACAAAGUUACACCGCAAGUUUAGCUUCACUUUUGACGGUUCAAGAACUCAAACCAGCCGUAACUGAUAUCAAUCAGCUUCUUAAAAAUGGAGAGAACAUCGGUUUUCAAGGGGGUUCUUUCGUUUAUGAGAUUCUUAAGUCCUUGAAGUUUAAUGAUUUCCAGCUCAAACCUUACGAAAGUGUAGAAGAAAUGCACGAACUUUUCACAAAAGGAAGCAUGAAUGGAGGAAUUUCUGCUGCCUUAGAUGAAAUCCCUUACAUUAACCUAUUUCUCGCAAAGUAUUGCUCACACUAUACUACCACCGAACCCACUUAUAAAGCCGAUGGGUUUGGUUUUGGUUUUCCAAUAGGUUCGCCCUUAGUACCUGAUAUCUCGAGAGCAGUCUUGCAAGUGACAGAAAGUGAUAGAAUGAGAGAGAUCGAAAACGCAUGGUUUCAGAAGACGAAGGACUGUUCGGCAUCGAAAGCUUCGGAGCUUUCUUCUAGUCGACUCAGCCCCAUCAGCUUCUGGGGACUUUUUAUGAUCAUCAGCGUUGUUUCAUUUAUUUCUUGCACCUCUUACAUUGGCAAAUUUCUGUACGACCAACGAUACGAGUGGUUAAACGGAAAUCAGACCAUCUCUAGCUUGUUUCGAAUGUUUAUAAUGGAGAGAGAAUUGAGAUAG